AUGGCUGCGCCUCUCGAAUAUAGCUUCAUCGAACUCGGCACCAAGCCGAGCGCGCAACUCUGCUACAGCUUCGUGCCCGCCACUCGCGACACGAAGCCGGUCACGCUCAUCGUCUUCCUCAACGGGCUCAUGCUGCCGCAGGACGCCUGGGCGCCCACCAUUGCCGAGCUGCAGGCGCUGCGCCCGGGCAACGGCGACGGCCUCCCGGCGAUACUCACGUACGACCGCUUCGGCCAGGGCCGGACCACGGACCGGGACCCGGACGACGCGGGGGCGCCUGACCCGACGCACGCGCACGACUGCAUGAGCGCCGUGAGGGACCUCCGGCAGCUCAUCACGCAGGUGGCGAGCGAGAAGCUCUCGCGGGACGCCGACACGGUGCGGCUCGUGCUGGUGUGCAACUCCAUCGGCUGCGCGCUGGCGCGGCUCUACGCGCACGAGCAUCCGGGCACGGUGGCGGGCCUGCUGCUGCUGGACUCGGUGCUCGCCAACUCGGACUUUGUGUCCAUGUUCCCGGACCCGGACGAUGCCGCCAACGACGGCGAUGACCUGCCCGAGGGCAUCACGGCCGACGUGCUGCGGACGGCGCGGCAGCGCAUCGGCGCCAUGUUCCAUCCCAGUGUCGGGAGUCGCGAGGGCCUCAGCCGCCGCAAUCUCGCCUCACUGCUGCCCGCGGCUGACGCGCCAGCGCUCGAGGGGCCCGCUGACGACGACGGCGGACAUCGACGAGGCCCAUACGUGACGGUGCUGGGCCACGAGUUUGCGCACUUUGCCGUCGAGGCGGAGAGGAUGGGCAUGCCCCCGGCGGCGACGCUCGCCUACUCCAACCCCUACUGGGACCGGUACAACCAGGGGCUGGCGCGCCUCACCGAGCCGGCGCGCAGCAGGGGGCCGAUCCAGGUGCCGGGCGCGGGCCACUUCAUCCAGCGCGACGAUCCCAAGUUUGUGGCCGCGGAGCUGGAUGCCAUACUUCGGAAGCUUGGGGCCUAG